CACAAGAACAAAAUGUCCACUAACGUUGCUCCAGAAAUUGAUGCUGCUUGGGAAUCCUUGAAGACUGAAUCCAUUAAAUGGUUCACUUUCGUCCCAGAAAAGACGGGUUUGAUCAUGGAUGCCACUGGUACUGGUGAUUGGGAUGAAUUCUUGGGUUCAUUCGGUCCAUCUGAUGUCAAGUUUGGUAUUUAUCGUGCUGUUGCUGUUGAUGAUGAUUCUAGAAGAACUAAAUUCGUUUUAGUUGCUUGGACUGGUAGUCAAUGUAAUGCCAUGAAGAGAUCAAAGGUUGCUGCUAAUAAGACCAUCGUUACUCAAAAGUACUCUGUUCACAUUGAUAUUCAAGCUUCUGAACAUGCUCAACUUUCUCAAGAAGAAGUUAUUGCUAAAUUGAACAGCUCCACUGGUGCUCACAAGCCAAAAUCAUACGAAUUUUAAUUCACAAUAUUGUGCAGUUAAUGCUGUUGAUCCAAUAUUAACAAUAUAAAAAAACAUUUUUGUAAA